UCUCUCUUUUCCCUUCUUCCCCUUGUCCCCCAUCUCUCGCUGUUUCUUCCCUUUUUUUUUUUAUCUUUUUAUUUUUUGUUUCUCGCUGGCUCUCUCGCUCGUAGCGUUAAUGGUAGCCACACCUCCACCACCGUCCUGAUUCAUUUCUUUCUCUCCCUCCUCUUCCUCCAUUCGUUCGUUCCAUAAGUACAUUGAAAUAUAAGACGAAGAAGAAGAAGAAGAAGAAGAAGAAGAGAGAGAGAGAGAGAUAAAGAGGAGGAAAAUAGUGAGUGAGAGAGAGGAAAACAAGAAGAUGUUCGACAGCCUGCUCGGCCGGAAGUUUUCCAACAAAUGCAAGCACGCGAUCAAGUGCAUAAAUUCGCGCAUAGCGAUGAUCAGGAACAAGAAGAGGGCGAUGGUGAGGUUCCUCAAGAAAGACGUGGCCGACCUCCUUAACAAUGGCCACGACGACAACGCCUAUGGCCGAAUGGAUGCUCUCAUUGUGGAAAUAAAUCACACAUAUUGCUAUGAUAUGAUCGAGCAAUGCUGUGAAAGUAUCUUGAAGCAGCUUCCAACCUUACAAAAGCAGAGAGAAUGCCCUCAGGAAGCUGUGGAACCCAUCUCAACUCUAAUUUUUGCGGCAGCCAGAUUUUCAGAUCUGCCAGAGUUAUGUGAUCUCAGGCGUUUAUUUACAGAACGGUAUGGAAGUCAUAUGGAGUCCUCUGUCAAGGCUGAGUUUGUUGAGAAAAUUCGGAAGAGAUCAUUCUCCCAAGAAAAGAAGCUACAGCUGAUUAAAGAUAUUGCUCAAGAGUUCUCUGUAACAUGGGAUUCCAGUGCUUUCGGACAUCAAGUGUCUAAUCUGUCUGCACCUAAAUCUGACCAACCUAAGAAUGGUAUGCACCACCGCGGUGCCAGCGAUGAUGAGCCUUCAACCAGGCUGCCUAAUGGAGCUAAGGAGGAGAUUUCAUCCAAGGGAAAACACGAACAUGCUCCAGUUAGCGUGCGGAAACGAGUGCAGGAGACCAAAGAUAGUCAUGUAGAUACAACUAUCGAAGAUGGCUUCUUGCAUGACCCCAUAGAGAAGACUAGAAAAGUAGUCGCUGAUGAACCAGAGAAUGUGGAGCCAGACUUCUGUGGUGCUGAAGUUCCUUCAUACAUUAAACCGAGAAGCAGUCAGAAUGGCACCUAUAAUCAUGAUCAGCUUAAAGAUGGUCUUGCCCAUAAAUGGACAGAAGAUGCUCAAGGGGCACUUGAUACCAUUGGCCCUGAGAAGCAGGCAAUCGAUGCUAAGAAAUCUUCAAAUGGUACAGCUACCAAUAUGGCUCCUCCAUACACCAAAUCUUAUGAAGAAAAGAAUGGCAAUGGCUUAAUAUGUGACAGAUUGGGAAAGGCGGAAGAAGGGUUAGGUUAUACUAGUUUAGAGAGGCGGCCCGUGGGACGAGUGAAUAAUGAGAGACUGAUUAAUUUUCGCCCGCCUUAUGUUAGAUCAGGAGUCAAGAACCCUCCAUCCCACCCUGAUCAAACUAUUCAAGAUUCUACCAUUGAUGGCAGUGACAGAUAUGAUGGCAGUGAAGAUCCGAAGGGUGGAGUGUUUGGUGAUGAGAAGCGGAAGCCGAAGCUGAAGCCGACGCCUGUUUCUGUUAGGAGGAGGUUCACCAGGCCAGCAGUCGUCGACACUUCCGACGGUAUCAUCGGCGAAGAGAUCACGAGCCGAACCCCAAGCGGUCGAGGAAAUGAUGCAGGCAGGAGGGGCACUUCUGCCUGUCUUGAAGCUAAAGAUGAUGUUUACAAUGAGAAGUUCAUGGAUAGGCACCCAGGACCACCCGUGGAUGUUGAGAUGGAUAAAAUGAUCGUGGAUAGGCUCCUGAUACAUGACAGAAAGAAAGGUUUGGCAAGCGAAGCCAGCAAGGCACGAAGGAGGAGCAAGGCCCCUCUCACGGAUCAUGUGGAGCAUGAGAUUAGUGAUAAAAUCCGUGCUGGCCUGAGAGAGUCGGUGCAUGCUCCUGUUGGAAGUAGCUCGCUCCCUCCAGAACAGGCAAGCCCAGGAGCAGCAGGUGUCCCAAGGCAUUCUUCUCUUGCUGCUUCAGUGCAGCCUGACAUGCCGAGCCCUAAUGCUGGGCGUGUGCAUCCGAGGCUGCCGAACUAUGAUGAGUUGGCUGCGCGGUUCAAUGCCUUGAGGAGAUCUUGAGAGCGUCUAUAUAUUUGAUCUGCCGAUAUUUUUUUCCCCCUGCAUCUUUUUAGAUGGCACGGUGCCUUCCCGCAGGUCCUUCCUGCCCUCUUGUGUUGGUUCACUCGAAGCAUGUUCGAAGCCAAGUGCUGGUGUCGAACUGCACGAG